CUUAAAGUUAUAAGGCGGGCCCGCAAACACCACUCGGCAUUCGGCAUUCGGAAAGCAACGAUGAAACCGUACGCAGCCUGCACGACCGCUGUGCUUGCCUUGCUGCUGGCCGGAGCUGCCCAAGCGCAGUUACGGGACGGCCGAGCUCAAAGUCUGGACCUUCUCCGCAUGCUCACCGACAAACCAUGGAUCGGACUCGGACCCCACAAUCGCUGGGAUAGGGCACCUCGUAUUGACAUGGAUUUAGGGUACACGGGCAUAGGACAACACCUGCCUCCGGUACAGGUUGCCGACGAUAGGAAUUACCUUGAUGAUGAAAUCAGGGGCGUGUCGGAAAAGCGAUCCGCAGUGGCGACAGCGUUAAACUCGGGCCGCCGGAGACGGCAGCCGACUCCGGCGCUUGGCGUGCUCAACGAUAUGGGCUCAUUCUUCGACUCCUUGCGCGACAAUCUGGAGACGCUGGUGUCUCUCUCGCCUCAAGAGCGCUCCACACUGUUCCAGGACCCUCCGUCCGUCGUACCAGCGCCAGCUUCCAAUACCGGCGGCGGCGGCAGUGGCAUAAGGAAGCUGUAUGCUCUGCGCCCUCUCAGACCCACUGGCAAUAUCAGAUCUUACAACCGCAGAUCUCUCGUGGAGGCGGACGGUGGCUACCCGGGUGCCAACCACCAUGACCCUGGCCUGCUGUGGACCGGACUCGGCCGGUAGACGACCCACUCACACACCCGACAAAUACACACCAACACACUCAUACACCGACACACACUUCACGUACAGAGACCAGCGUAACAAAAUGAACCACGUUGUACAAGCUCGGAAACCGCCGCAUGUUUCACAUUUGAAACCAAAUUAUUUAGAUGUAAGUGGUGUAUCGCUGCCGGAGAUUAUUUUAGCGCUGCAAGAAUAUUGCUAUCUGUGAAACUUAUCUUAGUACGGUAUCUAGUCGACCUCUCAAUUCUAGUCAAUCGGAAGUUCGGAC